AUGAUUCUACUUAUAGACUCAUAUGACUCCUUCUCAAACAACUUGGCUCGUUUGAUCAAGGAGUCUACAGGUAAGGAAGUCAUCAUCAUUCAAAAUGACUCCUUUGCACCCGAGGAGUACGAGCAGUUUUUCCAAGAGUGUGAAAGGUUUAUCGAGUAUGUAGUCAUUGGACCAGGACCGGGACACCCGGGCAAGAAGGAGGACGUUGGAAUCAUACACUGGCUCAUCAACAAGAUUGCUUCCGGUGGUGCAAGUGGAGAGGUGAUACCGGUUUUGGGGAUAUGCUUGGGGUUCCAGAGUAUUUGCCACGAGUUUGGCAACGAGGUGGCGCGGUUGGCAAACGUCAAGCACGGCCAGAUUUACAAAAUACACCCGACGGAGCAGUGUGGGAUUUAUCAAGAUACGGCGCCGUUUGAGAGCGUACGGUAUCACUCGUUGUACGUCGAUGGCGAGACUCUAUCCCGCGAGAUUCGACCGCUUGCAUACUGUUAUGAAGAAGUUGGCGGUGCAGAAAAAUUGAGAGUUCUUAUGGCUGUGGGACAUAGGGAUCUACCACUUUAUGGAGUUCAAUAUCAUCCAGAGUCAGUUUGUUCGCAAAGGGGGCUGGAGUUGAUCAAGAAUUUUGACAAAUUGGCCUCUGGGUUUAAUAAAGGGAACAGAAACGUACGAAUGCGAGCGAAUGACCAAGAGGGACAUGAAGAACGUCCAGCAUGGAUGCAAACUCAUGCCAUAAAUGACCACUCACAAGUGCAAAAUGGUUUCCACGCGAAAAGUAAUGACGUCCACAUCAGCUUUCAAAAACUCAACCUUCCCAAUGGUAUUACACCGGUGGACGUGUGCGAUUACUUUUACCGAUUGUCGAAAGAGGAAGCCGACUUCAUUUUGCUCAACUCGGCGUCGACGCCAGGAGAAUGGUCAAUCAUCGGAUUCCCAACGAAAGGAAAGAGCACAAUCAUCACCCAUUCCGUGGACGAGAUGAACCACGUUUAUUUAUCAAAAUACCAGUCUCGUGAAAAGCCUCAGAAAGUUGCAGUGAGUGGACGUGAGGGAUUAUGGCUGUUUAUUGCCCAAGAAAUGCGCCGCAAGUAUAUACCACGCGAGGCCAUCGUCAAGAAAAUCAGCGAAUACCAUAGUAGGGAAAUCCCGUUUUUUGGCGGCUACUUGGGCUUGAUAUCGUAUGAAGAAGGUCAGCACAUCAAGUAUGAGUCGUUGGAGCUGAUGUGCACGGGAACAACGCCCGAUUUGAAAUUGGUGGAGGUGGAUAGAUCUCUUGUAUUUGAUCAUGUUACAAAAGAUUGGUUCAUUAUAUCUAUCUGUGAUAAAGAUGAUCAUGGUGGCGAUGACUGGCUAUCGCAGACUGUGGAAAAGUUGAAAAAUGUUUCUCAGAUUGACAUGGACUCGGUGAGCCUCAGUGUAAGGCAACUCGCCACUUGCAAAGACGGCGCGGAAAUACGAUUCGAGCUCCCUUCACAGGACAUCUACAAGAAACAAUUUGAGCAAUGCCAGGAGUUUUUGCAUUCGGGAGACUCGUACGAACUCUGCCUCACUACUCAGCUGAAGAUUUUCUUACCUGCGUAUGUCAAGGCAUGGGAAAUAUACAAGGUACUCACGUUGAGAAAAAACCCUUCUCCAUUCUCUUGUUUCAUGAGCUUUGAUGACUGCUGCUUGGUAUCUUCUUCACCGGAGAGGUUCUUAUCCUGCAAAGACCAAGGUUCCAAUAAAGUUGUCGAGUUGCGGCCAAUAAAGGGAACCGUGAGAAACACACCUGACGUCGACAUGGCCAGGGCCACGCAAAUCCUCAAAACGCCCAAAGAGAUGGGAGAAAACCUCAUGAUUGUGGAUUUGAUCCGGCACGACUUGCACCAGUUCAGCGACAAUGUCACCGUUGCCAAGUUGAUGUCGGUGGAGGAAUACAAAACGGUUUUCCAGUUGGUCAGUGUGAUUCGAGGAGUUUUGCCCAACCCCAGGCGCUUUCAAGGAAUCGACUUGCUUCAGCGUUCUUUGCCACCGGGCUCCAUGACGGGUGCGCCGAAAAAGAGGUCGGUGGAAUUGUUACAGAGCAUAGAAAGCUUGCAGAAGAAUGUCAGCUCGGGUGGCAGAAGAGGCAUUUACAGUGGGGUUGUCGGAUAUUGGUCUGUCACCGACGACUCAGACUGGAGCGUCAUCAUUAGAUCAGUGUUCCACUACAAGAACGACUCGGAAAACUCUGAGACUAUGAGCCUUUGGAGAAUAGGAGCAGGGGGAGCAAUCACGGUGUUGAGCGACGUUGAAGGCGAAUGGGAUGAGAUGAAUUUGAAACUCACUAGUGCCUUGCAAGCAUUUGAUUAA